UGUGCAUCUUGCUUUGGGCUUCUGCUUGCAUUUCCAACUGCUGUCACCAUGAGCUGCAACAUUAAGGAGACUAUUACUAUGUCUAGCAAAGGCAGGAGCAGUGGUGGCAGCUGUAUCAUUGGUGGUGGUGGUGGAGCACGGAUUUCUUCUUAUGGGAUAGGCAGUGGCAGAGGUUUUUCUGGAAGGAGUUACUGCGGUGGAGUGAAUUAUGCAGGGGGACUGAGUGUUGGUAGCUUGGCUGGUGGGAGCUAUGGAGGUGGCAACUGCUAUGGCAAUGGCCUGGGUUUUGGCCUUGGAGGCGGUGUGGUUGUUGGUGGUCUUGGUGGCGACUGUUUGCUUUCAUCCUGCGAUGAGAAGGUCACCAUGCAAAAUCUCAAUGACCGCCUGGCUUCCUACCUGGACAAGGUGAAGUGCUUGGAGAAGGAGAAUGCUGAACUGGAAUGCAGGAUCAGAGAGUGGUAUGCUACACAGGGACUCUCCUGCGAGCCCCGGGACUACAGCUGCUAUUACAAAGAAAUCGAAGAUCUUCAGAAUCAGAUUGUCUGCGCAACCAUUGACAACAACAAGAUCAUCCUGGACAUCGAUAACAGCAGGAUGGCUGCCGAUGACUUCCGUGUGAAGUACGAGACGGAGCUGGCCCUGCGCCAGAGCGUGGAGGCUGACAUCAACGGGCUGCGCCAGGUCCUGGACCAGCUGACGCUGUGCAGGUGUGACCUGGAGGCACAGCUGGAGUCGCUGCGGGAGGCUGGGGAGGAGCUCUCCUGCCUGAAGAAGAACCACGAGGAGGAAAUGAACUGUCUGAGAAAACAAUCGACUGGAGAUGUGAGCGUGGAGGUCAAUGCCUGCCCUGGACCAGACCUCAGGCAAAUCUUGGAGGAUUUGAGAUGCCAGUAUGAAACACUGAUAGCGCGCAACCGGAAGGAAGUCGAGGAUUGGUAUGAAUGCAAGAUUGAGGAGGUGAAUCGGGAGGUUAUUACAAGCGGUCAGGAGGUAGAGACGUGCAACAAUCAAGUCACCGAACUGAGACGCCAAUUGCAAGCCCUGGAAAUCGAUCUCCAAGCUCAGCUCAGCCAGAGAAACAACUUGGAAUCCUCUCUGGCUGAGACCGAGUGCCAGUACAACACCCUCCUCGGUGAGCUACAGAACCAGAUCACGUGCGUGGAGCAGCAAUUGGCUGAAAUAAGAACGGAAAUAGAGUGCCAGAACCAAGAAUACAAGACCUUAUUGGAUGUCAAGUGCCGCCUGGAGCAGGAGAUUCAGACCUAUCGGUGCUUGUUGGAAGGAGGACAGCAGGACCUUAUUCACGGAGGAGGAGGAAUCGGAGUAGGAACCGGUGUAGGAGGAGGAGUCAUUAGGACAAGCCACACCUAUACAACUUCAUCUUCCCACUGCCAGCCCCAAGUCCCACCCUGCAAGACCGGCGAUAUACAAGUGACCUGCAGGAGAAUCUGUGAUUGAGGAAUAACGGACUAGAAGAUGAGAUACAGAGGAACCUACAGCCAAAACAAGAACACUCGAUGUUCACUGCAUGCCUCUCUACAGAGAAAGUAGAAGUAACCCAGCGACGCUUUGCCAUGUAUCUAUAGGGGCCUGUUGAGGGGCACCUCCGUUCUGCUGCUUCUGUAAUGCUGUAAUUGCUAGAACUCAGAGUUAGUCAGGAUCACUAAUGUACCUGCUGGUGCAAACACUUCUCUAAUAAAACUUUGCUUCUGCCUGAUGCA